GAUGACAGCAAGUUGUCAUUGAUUUCCCUUGUAUUUUAUUUUCAACUUAAGUGAUUUUUUUAAAUAUUUCCAAUAUGGAGGGCUAAGUUUUAGUAAAAUUAAAAAAAAAAACAGGUUAAAGUGAUCCCAAAAUUCAUAAGAUAAAACAAAAAUGAAGUGCUGUGUACCGUUCUGUGAGCCACAGUCCAGUGAAAAUGCUUCCAUUUCGUUUUUUAAGUUUCCUGUCACAAGAUGGCUAAAGAGCUCAUGGUUAGUGGCGAUCGGUAUGAGUGAGAUCCAAUGGCAGCCAGAUUCAGUGGUUUGCUCGCAACAUUUCCAAACUGAUGACAUACUUGUAAAAAAUAAUGGACCGUUAAAACUUAGAAAGAACUCUGUUCCUUCUAUAUUCAGGGAUAACUGCAUGGAUAAUAAUCUACAGUUCUGCGUGACAUGCCUAGAUACUGCCAGUAAUAUGUACCCGUUAGGUAAAUAUUUAUCGAAGGCUUAUAACAAUUUGACUGGACACGACUUUUGGAAAUUGAAGAACGAAAUCUGUCAUUUCAACAGUGAACCGCAGCUCUGCACGGAAUGUACUCAGAGAUUGAUAAAUUGUUAUAAAUUCAGGGAAAAGUGUUUGAAGACACAUCGCUUAAUAAUGAUGCUGCAUAGUAAACGAGGAAUGUUAACAUUAAAUAAAAUAAAGUCAAUUAAUAGAGCCACUCAGAAACUAAAGUCUACUUUAGCUGAACACGUUAUCGCACCUGACCAUUAUGACCUCUAUGUACAUGAAGACUUCGUCGAUAUACAAGAAGUUAAUACAGGAAUAACUGAAACAAAUACUGAAAUGGGUGAAUUUAAUACUGAAAUAAGUGGAGCAAAUAAUGGUAAAAGUGAUAAACCUAUAUUAGAAGAGGCAGACUUAGAUUUUGACAUUGAUGAUGAAGCAGUAUAUAUAAGCGAUAAAAAUUUAAUAGACACUAAUGUGCAAUUUAUAAACAAGAAGCAUAUAAAUGAUGAAUAUAGUGAUAAAGUUAUAAACGUAGACAGCGAUGAUGAAUCGAUGCCUCGAAAUGAUAUAAAUAAUGAUGAUUUCACGAAUGAUGACCGAGACUCCGAUGUUGAAUGUUUAGACGAUGACACUAAUGAUGAAUCAGAUUAUUCGGAUGACUUCGACAGCUAUCUAAAAUUUUUGAACAACAACAUCGUCAGUAAAAACGACAUUAACAACGGUAGGCGAACUAAGGUGAUAGGUAAUGCGAAAAAAAAGAAAAAGUUGGUCGAUUAUAAGAAAAAAAGAGUUAGUCUGAAGAACAUCUUACUCGUGAAGGAUGCCAAGGUGAAUAUUAUCAAAUCAACUAAAAACAAACACUCUAAGACGGAUAAGAGUUGCAGCGAAAAUGUUAAACGCAGAGAUAAAUCUAAACUCCGAAGCAGUGAUCUGAAACUAUUCACAGUGUCAGUGUUGAGCUACGAAGAACAACUAGCUGAUAUUCAGAAGCGGAAACAAUCCUUCAAUUAUAAGUGCUUACCUUACAAAUGUAACAUUUGCUAUAGGGGAAGUUGGCAUCCUGUCCCAUAUAACAGACAUAUGGAAAAACAUACAGUUAAAUACGGACUUUUAGAAUGCGCGAUCUGCGGGUUCCAUAAGAAGAUUCGUUCAAAACUAAUCAGCCAUAUUCAAGUCAAUCACCAAUACAGAUUUAGUUGUCAGAGCUGUUCGUAUGUCACAACUAGUAUAUGGCAGGCCAAAGGACACGAACAAUGGCACGGUGGCAAGGUGUUCAAAUGCCAAAAUUGUGAUCUUGAAUUUGCAAAAAAGUCUUCGUAUUUAAGCCACUUGCGCACAAAACAUCCAUCGGCGUCCCAUAUUUGUACACUCUGCGGAUACUCGUACGUCAGCGCGAUUGGCCUCAAGUCCCACACGACGAUCCAGCAUCGCUUCGAGAAACCCCGGAAGUUGGACGGUCCUACGUGUGAAGAAUGCGAUAUUCGCUUCGCGUCUGUCACCGCGUACGAACGCCACAAGAAGGUUUCGCCCAAGCACAACGCUGAGAAGAAGUCCAUCCGAAACGAGCAGAAUCUCUCAAAGAACAGACGAACUACAGGCGUCCGGUCUAGUAUGGAGCAAUGUCCGAUGCUAUGUGAACUUUGCGGCAAGACCUUUCGGUUGCGGACGCAACUGAGCUAUCACGUACGCAAGCACGCCGGGGAGAAAAAGUUCAAAUGCAGUCACUGUGACAAGAGAUUCUAUAACAAGAAAAGCCUUGUGAUACACAUGGAGUCGCACAGCAAUGAGCCGGCGAGCUCGUGCGAUGCGUGCGGUAAGGUGGUCAUUACCCCUUCCAACAGACAUCGACACAUGGCGCUUCACAAAGACGCAAAGCCGUGCUACAAAUGCGAUAUUUGAGGCAAAAGGUUUCACUACAGCUUAAGGAAGGGACAAGCAUGAGUUUACAUAUACACGGUUAGCGGUGGGCGGUCGAGGCCGGUGUCGAAUGUUUACUGAGAGUUUUAGCUUUUAAUAGAAGUAGCAACAGGGCCCCAAGAAAAGGUAACGGAGUCUCGAGCAGCCAGUGGGCCUUCAGGCUCUGUGUAUAGUAGCAUAUUAAAUAAGGAGAAUCAGGGUCCCCAGAAAUAAUGCUGUAAAAGAGCAAUCUGCUGAGUUUCUUACUGGCUCUAUUCCAUAGAAUCUGUCUUCGGAACCGGUGGUAGAGUCAGUACCAACUGACUGAUUUGGUGUUUAAAAAGUGCAGUUAUUUAAAACGUAACAUGUUUACUUCCAAUUUACUUACUGUAAAAAAUGUGACACUAAGACAGCGGUAUUGCUCGAUAUGUAAAAAUAAAG